AUGACAAUUGAUAAUGUCCAUAAUACAGGUGAAGUUAAGGUCUCCGGUGUAGGAGAAACAACCUCAGAACCUGACUGCUGCAAAGUAGAGAUUUUAGUGUGUUCUAAAAAACCUACAUGUAGUUCAGCAGAAGAGAGCGCGAGAAAAAGAGCUGAAUACGCUCGACAAGCAAUUUAUAACAGACGUCUCAAAAAGUUUAAUGUUGUUGAGCAUUUUGAUGCUGUCACGGAAGAUAAUGGUGUCAAUGCUGUGUACAAGUUUGAGAUAACUACAUGUGACAUUUCUGGGAUAAAAAGCCUUUUAGGAUAUCUUAAGUCCAAGUUACCCACAUAUGUAAGACUGGGGACCGUAGAGUGCUUCUAUUCCAAAAAGCGGAUGUUCGAACUACGCAAAGAAGCUGUUGAACAAGCCGUUUCAGAUGCUAAACAUAAAGCUGAAUUAAUAGCAUCGGCAUUUGGACAAAGAAUUCAAGGUUUGAUCAAUGUUAUUGAAGAUGAAUGUGAUUUUACUGAUGAGCAGCUGCAAAUAACUACACCAAGGUCAAAUAACUUCAAUGAUUACUGUCAAUUAAAACAAUUGAACAAUGAAAACAAUACCGAUGGUGGCGUUGGUCAAUUGUAUGAACGGCCAUUCGAUUGGAAUAAGUCAUUACGCAAUGCUCAAAGACGUAUACGGAUAAAAUUACAUGUUAUCUGUGCUCUAAGCAAUUUUAAUAACUAA